GUACGAGCUGCUGCUUCCGAAGCGCACCUCUUUGCGCCACCGCGUGCCCCAGGGCGACGCGCCCUUCCUGGACUUCCUGGCCUACCUGCUCACGCCAGACCCCGGGCAGCGCCCCUCCGCCGAGGAGGCCCUGGCGCACCCCUGGCUGCAGUACCCCUACCCGCCCAUAGAGCCAAUGCAGGACUGA